AUGCGCACCUAUAAUGGGCGUACCAGGCAGAGUUCGGCAAAAAAAAAGGGGCCCCAUUCUCCCGCUUUCCAUCACCCCGCCCCAUUCUCCCUCUUUCCAUCACCCUGCCCCAUUCUCCCUCUUUCCAUCACCCCGCCCCAUUCUCCCGCUUUCCAUCACCCCGCCCCAUUCUCCCGCUUUCCAUCACCCCGCCCCAUUCUCCCUCUUUCCAUCACCCCGCCCCAUUCUCCCUCUUUCCAUCACCCCGCCCCAUUCUCCUGCUUUCCAUCACCCCGCCCCAUUCUUCCUCUUUCCAUCACCCCGCCCCAUUCUCCCUCUUUCCAUCUCCCGCCCCAUUCUCCCUCUUUCCAUCACCCCGCCCCAUUCUCCCGCUUUCCAUCACCCGCCCCAUUCUCCCGCUUUCCAUCACCCCGUCCCAUUCUCCCGCUUUCCAUCACCCGCCCCAUUCUCCCGCUUUUUAUCACCCCGCCCCAUUCUCCCUCUUUCCAUCACCCCGCCCCAUUCUCCCGCUUUCCAUCACCCCGCCCCAUUCUCCCUCUUUCCAUCACCCCGCCCCAUUCUCCCGCUUUCCAUCACCCCGCCCCAUCUCCCGCUUUCCAUCACCCCGCCCCAUUCUCCCGCUUUCCAUCACCCCGCCCCAUUCUCCCGCUUUCCAACACCCCGCCCCAUUCUCCCGCUUUCCAUCACCCCUCUCCAUUCUCCCGCUUUCUAGCACCCCGCCCCAUUCUCCCGCUUUCCAUCACCCCGCCCGAUUCUCCCGCUUUCCAUCACCCCGCCCCAUUCUCCCGCUUCCCAUCACUCCGCCCCAUUCUCCCGCUUUCCAGCACCCCGCCCCAUUCUCCCGCUUUCCAUUAUCCCGCCCCAUUUUCCCGCUUUCCAUCACCCCGCCCCAUUCUCCCGCUUUCCAUCACCCCGCCCCAUUCUCCCGCUUUCCAUCACCCCGCCCCAUUGUCCCUCUUUCCAUCACCCCGCCCCAUGCUCCCGCUUUCCAUCACCCCGCCCCAUUCUCCCGCUUUCCAUCACCCGCCCCAUUCUCCCGCUUUCCAUCACCCCGCCCCAUUCUCCCUCUUUCCAUCACCCCGCCCCAUUCUCCCGCUUUCCAUCACCCCGCCCCAUUCUCCCUCUUUCCAUCACCCCGCCCCAUUCUCCCGCUUUCCAUCACCCCGCCCCAUUCUCCCGCUUUCCAUCACCCGCCCCAUUCUCCCGCAUUCCCAUCACCCGCCCCAUUCUCCCUCUUUCCAAUCACCCCGCCCCAUUCUCCCUCUUUCCAUCACCCCGCCCCAUUCUCCCUCUUUCCAUCACCCCGCCCCAUUCUCCCUCUUUCCAUCACCCCACCCCAUUCUCCCGCAUUCCAUCACCCGCCCCAUUCUCCCUCUUUCCAUCACCCCGCCCCAUUCUCCCUCUUUCCAUCACCCCGCCCCAUUCUCCCUCUUUCCAUCUCCCCGCCCCAUUCUCCCGCUUUCCAUCACCCGCCCCAUUCUCCCGCUUUCCAUCACCCGCCCCAUUCUCCCGCUUUCCAUCACCCCGUCCCAUUCUCCCGCUUUCCAUCACCCGCCCCAUUCUCCCGCUUUUUAUCACCCCGCCCCAUUCUCCCUCUUUCCAUCACCCCGCCCCAUUCUCCCGCUUUCCAUCACCCCGCCCCAUUCUCCCUCUUUCCAUCACCCCGCCCCAUUCUCCCGCUUUCCAUCACCCCGCCCCAUUCUCCCGCUUUCCAUCACCCCGCCCCAUUCUCCCGCUUUCCAUCACCCCGCCCCAUCCUCCCGCUUUCCAUCACCCCACCCCAUUCUCCCGCUUUCCAUCACCCCGCCCCAUUCUCCCGCUUUCCAUCACCCCGCCCCAUUCUCCCUCUUUCCAGCACCCCGCCCCAUUCUCCCGCUUUCCAUCACCCCGCCCCAUUCUCCCUCUUUCCAUCACCCCGCCCCAUUCUCCCGCUUUCAAUCACCCCGCUCCAUUCUCCCGCUUUCCAUCGCCCCGCCCCAUUCUCCCGCUUUCCAUCACCCCGCCCCAUUCUCCCGCUUUCCAUCACCCCGCCCCAUUCUCCCGCUUUCCAUCACCCCGCCCCAUUCUCCCUCUUUCCAUCACCACGCCCCAUUCUCCCGCUUUCCAUCACCCGCCCCAUUCUCCCGCUUUCCAUCACCCCGCCCCUUUCUCCCGCUUUCCAUCACCCCACCCCAUUCUCCCUCUUUCCAUCACCCCGCCCCAUUCUCCCGCUUUCCAUCACCCUGCCCCAUUCUCCCUCUUUCCAUCACCCCGCCCCAUUCUCCCGCUUUCCAUCACCCAACCCCAUUCUCCCUCUAUCCAUCACCCCGCCCCAUUCUCCCUCUUUCCAUCACCCCGCCCCAUUCUCCCUAUUUCCAUAACCCCGCCCCAUUCUCCCGCUUUCCAUCACCCCGCCCCAUUCUCCCGCUUUCCAUCACCCUGCCCCUUUCUCCCGCUUUCCAUUACCCCGCCCAGUUCUCCCGCUUUCCAGCACCCCGCCCCAUUCUCCCGCUUUCCAUCACCCCGCCCCAUUCUCCCGCUUUCCAUCACCCCGCCCCAUUCUCCCGCUUUCCAUCACCCCGCCCCAUUCUCCCGCCACCCCGCCCCAUUCUCCCGCUUUCCAUCACUCCGCCCCAUUCUCCCGCUUUCUGUUGGUGCAACCCUACGCACCCCGCCCCAUUCUCCCUCUUUCCAUCACCCCGCCCCAUUCUCCCGCUUUCCAUCACCCGCCCCAUUCUCCCGCUUUCCCUCACCCCGCCCCAUUCUCCCGCUUUCCAUCACCCCGCCCCAUUCUCCCUCUUUCCAUCACCCCGGCCCAUUCUCCCGCUUUCCAUCACCCCACCCCAUUCUCCCUCUUUCCAUCACCCCGCCCCAUUCUCCCGCUUUCCAUCACCCCGCCCCAUUCUCCCGCUUUCCAUCACCCCGCCCCAUUCUCCCGCUUUCCAUCACCCCGACCCAUUCUCCCGCUUUCCAGCACCCCGCCCCAUUCUCCCGCUUUCCAUCACCCCUCCCCAUUCUCCCGCUUUCCAGCACCCCGCCCCAUUCUCCCGCUUUCCAUCACCCCGCCCCAUUCUCCAGCUUUCCAUCACCCCGCCCCAUUCUCCCUCUUUCCAUCACCCCACCCCAUUCUCCCUCUUUCCAUCACCCAGCCCCAUUCUCCCUCUUUCCAUCACCCCGCCCCAUUCUCCCUCUUUCCAUCACCCCGCCCCAUUCUCCCUCUUUCCAUCACCCCGCCCCAUUCUCCCUCUUUCCAUCACCCCGCCCCAUUCUCCCUCUUUCCAUCAUCCCGCUCCAUUCUCCCGCUUUCCAUCACCCCGCCCCAUUCUCCCUCUUUCCAUCACCCCGCCCCAUUCUCCCGCUUUCCAUCAGCCCGCCCCAUUCUCCCGCUUUCCAUCACCCCGCCCCAUUCUCCCGCUUUCCAUCACCCCACCCCAUUCUCCCGCUUUCCAUCACCCCGCCCCAUUCUCCAGCUUUCCAUCACCCCGCCCCAUUCUCCCUCUUUCCAUCACCCCGCCCCAUUCUCCCUCUUUCCAUCACCCCGCCCCAUUCUCCCUCUUUCCAUCACCCCGCCCCAUUCUCCCUCUUUCCAUCACCCCGCCCCAUUCUCCCUCUUUCCAUCACCCCGCCCCAUUCUCCCUCUUUCCAUCACCCCGCCCCAUUCUCCCUCUUUCCAUCACCCCGCCCCAUUCUCCCUCUUUCCAUCACCCCGCCCCAUUCUCCCUCUUUCCAUCACCCCGCUCCAUUCUCCCGCUUUCCAUCACCCUGCCCCAUUCUCCCGCUUUCCAUCACCCCGCCCCAUUCUCCCGCUUUCCAUCACCCCGCCCCAUUCUCCCGCUUUCCAUCACCCCGCCCCAUUCUCCCGCUUUCCAUCACCCCGCCCCAUUCUCCCGCUUUCCAUCACCCCGCCCCAUUCUCCCUCUUUCCAUCACCCCGCCCCAUUCUCCCCCUUUCCAUCACCCCGCCCCAUUCUCCCCCUUUCCAUCACCCUUCUCCAUUCUCCCUCUUUCCAUCACCCCGCCCCAUUCUCCCUCUUUCCAUCACCCCGCCCCAUUCUCCCACUUUCUAUCACCCCGCCCCAUUCUCCCUCUUUCCAUCACCCCGCCCCAUUCUCCCUCUUUCCAUCACCCCGCCCCAUCCUCCCUCUUUCCAUCACUCCGCCCCAUUCUCCCGCUUUCCAUCACCCCGCCCCAUCCUCCCUCUUUCCAUCACCCCGCCCCAUUCUCCCGCUUUCCAUCAUCCCGCCCCAUUCUCCCGCUUUCCAUCACCCCGCCCCAUUCUCCAGCUUUCCAUCACCCCGCCCCAUUCUCCCUCUUUCCAUCACCCCACCCCAUUCUCCCUCUUUCCAUCACCCAGCCCCAUUCUCCCUCUUUCCAUCACCCCGCCCCAUUCUCCCUCUUUCCAUCACCCCGCCCCAUUCUCCCACUUUCUAUCACCCCGCCCCAUUCUCCCUCUUUCCAUCACCCCGCCCCAUUCUCCCUCUUUCCAUCACCCCGCCCCAUUCUCCCUGAUUCCAUCACCCUGCCCCAUUCUCCCUCUUUCCAUCACCCCGCCCCAUUCUCCCUCUUUCUAUCACCCCGCCUUAUUCUCCCUCUUUCCAUCACCCCGCCCCAUCCUCCCUCUUUCCAUCACCCCGCCCCAUUCUCCCGCUUUCCAUCACCCCGCCCCAUCCUCCCUCUUUCCAUCACCCCGCCCCAUUCUCCCGCUUUCCAUCAUCCCGCCCCAUUCUCCCGCUUUCCAUCACCCCGCCCCAUUCUCCAGCUUUCCAUCACCCCGCCCCAUUCUCCCUCUUUCCAUCACCCCACCCCAUUCUCCCUCUUUCCAUCACCCAGCCCCAUUCUCCCUCUUUCCAUCACCCCGCCCCAUUCUCCCUCUUUCCAUCACCCCGCCCCAUUCUCCCUCUUUCCAUCACCCCGCCCCAUUCUCCCUCUUUCCAUCACCCCGCCCCAUUCUCCCUCUUUCCAUCAUCCCGCUCCAUUCUCCCGCUUUCCAUCACCCCGCCCCAUUCUCCCUCUUUCCAUCACCCCGCCCCAUUCUCCCGCUUUCCAUCACCCCGCCCCAUUCUCCCGCUUUCCAUCACCCCGCCCCAUUCUCCCGCUUUCCAUCACCCCACCCCAUUCUCCCGCUUUCCAUCACCCCGCCCCAUUCUCCAGCUUUCCAUCACCCCGCCCCAUUCUCCAGCUUUCCAUCACCCCGCCCCAUUCUCCCUCUUUCCAUCACCCCGCCCCAUUCUCCCUCUUUCCAUCACCCCGCCCCAUUCUCCCUCUUUCCAUCACCCCGCCCCAUUCUCCCUCUUUCCAUCACCCCGCCCCAUUCUCCCUCUUUCCAUCACCCCGCCCCAUUCUCCCUCUUUCCAUCACCCCGCCCCAUUCUCCCUCUUUCCAUCACCCCGCUCCAUUCUCCUGCUUUCCAUCACCCUGCCCCAUUCUCCCGCUUUCCAUCACCCCGCCCCAUUCUCCCGCUUUCCAUCACCCCACCCCAUUCUCCCGCUUUCCAUCACCCCGCCCCAUUCUCCCGCUUUCCAUCACCCCGCCCCAUUCUCCCUCUUUCCAUCACCCCGCCCCAUUCUCCCCCUUUCCAUCACCCCGCCCCAUUCUCCCCCUUUCCAUCACCCUUCUCCAUUCUCCCUCUUUCCAUCACCCCGCCCCAUUCUCCCUCUUUCCAUCACCCCGCCCCAUUCUCCCACUUUCUAUCACCCCGCCCCAUUCUCCCUCUUUCCAUCACCCCGCCCCAUUCUCCCUCUUUCCAUCACCCCGCCCCAUUCUCCCUGAUUCCAUCACCCCGCCCCAUUCUCCCUCUUUCCAUCACCCCGCCCCAUUCUCCCUCUUUCUAUCACCCCGCCUUAUUCUCCCUCUUUCCAUCACCCCGCCCCAUUCUCCCGCUUUCCAUCACCCCGCCCCAUCAUCCCUCUUUCCAUCACCCCGCCUCAUUCUCCCGUUUUCCAUCAUCCCGCCCCAUUCUCCCGCUUUCCAUCACCCCAUCCCAUUCUCCAGCUUUCCAUCACCCCGCCCCAUUCUCCCUCUUUCCAUCACCCCACCCCAUUCUCCCUCUUUCCAUCACCCAGCCCCAUUCUCCCUCUUUCCAUCACCCCGCCCCAUUCUCCCGCUUUCCAUCACCCCGCCCCAUUCUCCCGCUUUCCAUCACCCCGCCCCAUUCUCCUGCUUUCCAUCACCCCGCCCCAUUCUCCAGCUUUCCAUCACCCCGCCCCAUUCUCCCGCUUUCCAUCACCCCGUCCCAUUCUCCCGCUUUCCAUCACCCCGCCCCAUUCUCCAGCUUUCCAUCACCCCACCCCAUUCUCCCUCUUUCCAUCACCCCGCCCCAUUCUCUCUCUUUCCAUCACCCCGCCCCAUUCUCCCUCUUUCCAUCACCCCGCCCCAUUCUCCCUCUUUCCAUCACCCCGCCCCAUUCUCCCUCUUUCCAUCACCCCGCCCCAUUCUCCCACUUUCUAUCACCCCGCCCCAUUCUCCCUCUUUCCAUCACCCCACCCCAUUCUCCCGCUUUCCAUCACCCCGCCCCAUCCUCCCUCUUUCCAUCACCCCGCCCCAUUCUCCCGCUUUCCAUCAUCCCGCCCCAUUCUCCCGCUUUCCAUCACCCCGCCCCAUUCUCCAGCUUUCCAUCACCCCGCCCCAUUCUCCCUCUUUCCAUCACCCCGCCCCAUUCUCCCUCUUUCCAUCACCCCGCCCCAUUCUCCCUCUUUCCAUCACCCCGCCCCAUUCUCCCUCUUUCCAUCACCCCGCCCCAUUCUCCCUCUUUCCAUCAUCCCGCUCCAUUCUCCCGCUCUCCAUCACCCCGCCCCAUUCUCCCUCUUUCCAUCACCCCGCCCCAUUCUCCCGCUUUCCAUCACCCCGCCCCAUUCUCCCGCUUUCCAUCACCCCGCCCCAUUCUCCCGCUUUCCAUCACCCCACCCCAUUCUCCCGCUUUCCAUCACCCCGCCCCAUUCUCCAGCUUUCCAUCACCCCGCCCCAUUCUCCCUCUUUCCAUCACCCCGCCCCAUUCUCCCUCUUUCCAUCACCCCGCCCCAUUCUCCCUCUUUCCAUCACCCCGCCCCAUUCUCCCUCUUUCCAUCACCCCGCCCAAUUCUCCCUCUUUCCAUCACCCCGCCCUAUUCUCCCACUUUCCAUCACCCCGCCCCAUUCUCCCUCUUUCCAUCACCCCGCCCCAUUCUCCCUCUUUGCAUCACCUCGCUCCAUUCUCCCUCUUUCCAUCACCCCGCCCCAUUCUUCCUCUUUCCAUUACCCCGCCCCAUUCUCCCUCUUUCCAUCACCUCGCUCCAUUCUCCCUCUUUCCAUCACCCCGCCCCAUUCUCCCGCAAUCCAUCACCCCGCCCCAUUCUUCCCCUUUCCAUCACCCCGCCCCAUUCUCCCGCUUUCCAUCACCCCGCCCCAUUCUCCCGCUUUCCAUCACCCCGCCCCAUUCUCCCUCUUUCCAUCACCCCGCCCCAUUCUCCCUCUUCCCAUCACCCCGCCCCAUUCUCCCUCUUUCCAUCACCCCUCCCCAUUCUCCUUCUUUCCAUCACCCCGCCCCAUUCUCUUUCUUUCCAUCAUCCCGCCCCGUUCUCCCUCUUUCUAUCACCCCGCCCCGUUCUCCCUCUUUCCAUCACCCCGCCCCGUUCUCCCUCUUUCCAUCACCCCACCCCGUUCUCCCUCUUUCCAUCACCCCGCCCCCUUCUCCCUCUUUCCAUCACCCCGCACCGUUCUCCCUCUUUCCAUCACCCCGCCCCAUUCUCCCUCUUUCCAUCACCCCACCCCAUUCUCCCGCUUUCCAUCACCCCUCUACAUUCUCCCUCUUUCCAUCACCCCGCCCCAUUCUCCCUCUUUCCAUCACCCCACCCCAUUCUCCCGCUUUCCAUCACCUCUCUACAUUCUCCCUCUUUCCAUCACCCCGCCCCAUUCUCCUGCUUUCCAUCACCCCGCCCCAUUCUCCCGCUUUCCAUCACCCCGCCCCAUUCUCCCGCUUUCCAUCACCCCGCCCCAUUCUCCCUCUUUCCAUCACCCCGCCCCAUUCUCCCGCUUUCCAUCACCCCGCUUCAUUCUCCCUCUUUCCAUCACCCCGCCCCAUUCUCCCGCUUUCCAUUACCCCGCCCCAUUCUCCCGCUUUCCAUUACCCCGCCCCAUUCUCCCUCUUUCCAUCACCCCGCCCCAUUCUCCCGCUUUCCAUCACCCCGCCCCAUUCUCCCUCUUUCCAUCACCCCGCCCCAUUCUCCCGCUUUCCAUCACCCUGCCCCAUUCUCCCUCUUUGCAUCACCCCGCCCCAUUCUCCCUCUUUCCAUCACCCCGCCCCAUUCUCCCUCUUUCCAUUACCCCGCCCCAUUCUCCCGCAAUCCAUCACCCCGCCCCAUUCUUCCUCUUUCCAUCAUCCCACCCCAUUCUCCCGCUUUCCAUCACCCCGCCCCAUUCUCCCUCUUUCCAUCACCCCGCCCCAUUCUCCCCCUUUCCAUCACCCCGCCCCAUUCUCCCCCUUUCCAUCACCCUUCCCCAUUCUCCCUCUUUCCAUGACCCCGCCCCAUUCUCCCGCUUUCCAUCACCCCGCCCCAUUCUCCCGCUUUCCAUCACCCCGCCCCAUCCUCCCGUUUUCCAUCACCCCACCCCAUUCUCCCGCUUUCCAUCACCCCGCCCCAUUCUCCCGCUUUCCAUCACCCCGCCCCAUUCUCCCUCUUUCCAGCACCCCGCCCCAUUCUCCCGCUUUCCAUCACCCCGCCCCAUUCUCCCUCUUUCCAUCACCCCGCCCCAUUCUCCCGCUUUCCAUCACCCCGCUCCAUUCUCCUGCUUUCCAUCGCCCCUCCCCAUUCUCCCGCUUUCCAUCACCCCGCCCCAUUCUCCCGCUUUCCAUCACCCCGCCCCAUUCUCCCGCUUUCCAUCACCCCGCCCCAUUCUGCCUCUUUCCAUCACCACGCCCCAUUCUCCCGCUUUCCAUCACCCGCCCCAUUCUCCCGCUUUCCAUCACCCCGCCCCUUUCUCCCGCUUUCCAUCACCCCACCCCAUUCUCCCUCUUUCCAUCACCCCGCCCCAUUCUCCCGCUUUCCAUCACCCUGCCCCAUUCUCCCUCUUUCCAUCACCCCGCCCCAUUCUCCCGCUUUCCAUCACCCAACCCCAUUCUCCCUCUAUCCAUCACCCCGCCCCAUUCUCCCUCUUUCCAUCACCCCGCCCCAUUCUCCCUAUUUCCAUAACCCCGCCCCAUUCUCCCGCUUUCCAUCACCCCGCCCCAUUCUCCCGCUUUCCAUCACCCUGCCCCUUUCUCCCGCUUUCCAUUACCCCGCCCCGUUCUCCCGCUUUCCAGCACCCCGCCCCAUUCUCCCGCUUUCCAUCACCCCGCCCCAUUCUCCCGCUUUCCAUCACCCCGCCCCAUUCUCUCGCUUUCCAUCACCCCGCCCCAUUCUCCCGCGUUCCAUCACCCCGCCCCAUUCUCCAUCUUUCAAUCACCCCGCCCCAUUCUCCCGCUUCCCAUCACACCGCCCCAUUCUCCGUCUUUCCAUCACCCCGCCCCAUUCUCCCGCUUUCCAUCACCCCGCCCCAUUCUCCCUCUUUCCAUCACCCCGCCCCAUUCUCCCUCUUUCCAUCACCCCGCCCCGCUCUCCCUCUUUCCAUCACCCCGCCCCAUUCUCCCUCUUUCCAUCACCCCGCCCCGUUCUCCCUCUUUCCAUCACCCCGCCCCCUUCUCCCUCUUUCCAUCAUCCCGCCCCGCUCUCCCUCUUUCCAUCACCCCACCCCGUUCUCCCUCUUUCCAUCACCCCGCCCCCUUCUCCCUCUUUCCAUCACCCCGCACCAUUCUCCCUUUUUCCAUCACCCCGCCCCAUUCUCCCUCUUUCCAUCACCCCGCCCCAUUCUCCCUCUUUCCAUCACCCCACCCCAUUCUCCCGCUUUCCAUCACCCCUCUUCAUUCUCCCUCUUUCCAUCACCCCGCCCCAUUCUCCUGCUUUCCAUCACCCCGCCCCAUUCUCCCGCUUUCCAUCACCCCGCCCCAUUCUCCCGCUUUCCAUCACCCCGCCCCAUUCUCCCUCUUUCCAUCACCCCGCCCCAUUCUCCCGCUUUCAAUCACCCCGCUUCAUUCUCCCUCUUUCCAUCACCCCGCCCCAUUCUCCCGCUUUCCAUUGCCCCGCCCCAUUCUCCGUCUUUCCAUCACCCCGCCCCAUUCUCCCGCUUUCCAUCACCCCGCCCCAUUCUCCAGCUUUCCAUCACCCCGCCCCAUUCUCCCUCUUUCCAUCACCCCGCCCCAUUCUCCCUCUUUCCAUCACCCCGCCCCAUUCUCCCGCUUUCAAUCACCCCGCCCCAUUCUCCCGCUUUCCAUCACCUCGCCCCAUUCUCCGUCUUUCCAUCACCCCGCCCCAUUCUCCCGCUUUCCAUCACCCCGCCCCAUUCUCCCUCUUUCCAUCACCCCACCCCAUUCUCCCUCCUUCCAUCACCCCGCCCCAUUCUCCCUCUUUCCAUCACCCCGCCCCAUUCUACCACUUUCUAUCACCCCGCCCCAUUCUCCUGCUUUCCAUCACCCCACCCCAUUCUCCCUCUUUCCAUCACCCCGCCCCAUUCUUCCGCUUUCCAUCACCCCACCCCAUUCUCCCGCUUUCCAUCACCCCGCUUCAUUCUCCCUCUUUCCAUCACCCCGCCCCAUUCACCCGCUUUCCAUCACCCCUCCCCAUUCUCCCUCUUUCCAUCACCCCGCCCCAUUCUCCCGCUUUCCAGCACCCCGCCCCAUUCUCCCUCUUUCCAUCACCCCGCCCCAUUCUCCCUCUUUCCAUCACCCCGCCCCAUUCUCCCGCUUUCCAUCACCCCGCCCCAUUCUCCCUCUUUCCAUCACCCCGCCCCAUUCUCCCGCUUUCCAUCAUCCCACCCGUGGUGUAUGCAUGCUUGUGUGUAG